AUUAGCGUGUGCAUUGGGUCCGCUACUUACCACUCCUCGUCGGUCAAAAUGUUCCGUCGGUCAAGAUUUAGUGUGCGUCCCAAUGUAAGUACAGCAGGGCGAUCAGCAUCAACACCUCCGGAAGCAACUCCAGCAAAUCAGGAGGCCAGUGAGGCCCCGAGAGAGGUCGGGGACAGCAACAAUGCUAGUGCUCUGACGGAUAAGUCCGACAUUACCCUGUCAGAAAAAGCUGCAGCUUCAGGGGAUGGCAGUGAGCAAAAUGUGGAUGGUACCAGCUCUUCAGCGGCUGUCCAAAGAAGGAAACGAUUUUCUGUUAAGCCUAAAGUGGCCCCUGGCCGCCCCUCCGCUCUCUCUCGGACACCAAAGUCUCCCGUCAAAGCAGUCUCUCAAACAUCUGUUGAUUGCUCUGGUGCGGGCCUUGACAAGGCAAAAGCAUCCAGUCAAACGGGAACAACAGCAACUCCGAAGGGACUCCAGUCUCCAAGGCGACGCAGGCCUUCAGAAGACAGCAAGCUGCCUAAAAUUCAACCUAAACCCACCUCCAUUUCUUUGGACGCUUCAGAACCUUCAGCUGUUUCCCCAGCUGUACAAUCAGUAGAACAAACCCAUCUUCCAGCAGACAGUAGCAAACAGUCAGAGAACAUUUCAGACAGACAAGUUAUGGAAGCUCCUCCCAGACCACCAGAUAGACCCUCCAUACCAGACAAAGAAUCUACUGAACUUUUAGAGAAAGCCAAAACACUUGUAUCAUCAAAGACUGUUCCUUCACUGACACCAUCAGCACUCUCCCUGAGUAGACUUCUAAAUGACCCAUCAGACGUACAAAGGCUUGUGAAGGCUCAGAAGCUCAGAGAUUUGCUCAGAGAGGAGAGACGCAAAGAAAAAAAACUUAAGAAAGCUAAGGCCGUUCCGAAGGUAUUUAAUUUAGAUCCUGCCAAAAUGACCAUGCGGGACCUUAUCCAUUAUCUUCCAACGUCUAACCCCAUGACAUCUGGUGUAGAAGAAUUGACUGAAGAGAAUGAGACUGUGCUCCCACCUUCACCAGGAAGAGAAACGUCUCCAGAGCAGGCACAGGAACCUGAAAUCCUCCCUAAUACCAUGGGCAACACAGAGGAAGAAGCAGAGGAGGCAGAGGAAGAGCAGGAAGAAGCACUUAUGGUUCCUCAAGUCAAAGUUGCAGAAGAUGGCUCACUGAUUAUUGAUGAAGAGAGCUUAACUGUGGAAGUCCAGCGAGCCAAAGGGCCAAACCCAGCAGAGAAUCGAGACCCCAUCUUUGAACGAGGAUCCACUACAACUUACUCAAGUUUCAGGAAACCGAACCAUGCAAAACGCUGGACCAGCGAAGAGACAGACAUGUUCUUCCUGGCACUUAGCAUGGUGGGGACAGAUUUUUCUAUGAUUUGUCAACUGUUUCCACACAGAGCUCGAUCAGAGAUAAAGAACAAAUUCAAGAAAGAAGAACGAGAGAAUGCUUGGAGGAUUGACAAAGCUAUCAGAGAGAGGCGCAAACUGGACAUAGAGUACUUCUCUAAGCUGUUAGAGAAGAUUUUGGAAUAUCAGAAAAGUAAGAAGAAACUGAGAUCACUGGCUGAGAAGAAAUCGUCCCAAAAGGGCAAGAGAAAGACAAAAGCCAAAAAAUCGGGAAGGAAACUGAGUGAUGUGGAGGAGGAAGAUGAGGAGGAUGAGGAUGGAAAAGAGGUCCUGGGGUUGGAAGAGGAGGAAGAGGAAGGGGAGAAAGAGAAUGAGGAUCUCUGUAAUGAUGGAGAAAUUCCUGUUUCUGACGCUAAGACAAAAAGAGGCAAAAGAAAAAACAGACAAAUUGCUCUGGAUGAGGAACCAAAUGACAAGAGAACCAAACGAGUGAGCACUGAGCAAGGUGAGGACGGCGUACAUGAAGAUCCUGAGGCAGAGCUUCCUGACAACCACAAAGACUCAGACACGUCAGAGAAAACUCAAAAUGCAAAUACAGCUAAGGACACUGCAAUCAAGCCAGCUAAACUCUCACGAGGCAGAGCAUCAAAACCACUACUGCCUUUAGGCCGCAAAUGGAGUAAAAAGCCUUCACCUUGUACAACAGCUAAAAGUACUUCAUUGGAUGAAGAAGAUGAGAGUGUAAAUAAAGAUGCAUCAUCUUUAAGCCAAGCCAGCAGGGAGCCAGUCGGUGAUGAUAUUUCCUCAGAAGGGGAGGAGGAGGAUGCCAUCGUUAAACCUCCAAGACCUACCAGAUGUGGUAGAGUGCCUAAACCCAUCAAGCCCUUGACUUAUCCAGCCAAAGACGAAGUACACUCUUCUGCAUCUGAAACUACACCAGCCUCAGCAGCUGGGUCCACUGCCUCUGCUGCUAAACCAAAAUCCAAACAGGCAGCCAAGAAGAGAAUCCUACCACAGCAUGAUUUGGCACCAAAAUCCAAAAAGUGUCAACUUGUCACUCUCACGGCUUCUCAGACAGAAUUUAGUGAUGAGGACAGUCAUCAAUGGCAGGAUGAAGAAGUGGAGGAGGUGGAACUCGCAGGUAGCCCCAGUAAAGACAGCAGUGCACCUGUGUUUGUGCCUGCCGGCCUGCACACUCCUCGUCCUGAGAUUAAAGAAGUGGAUGAGACAAUUGCUGAGCUUGAUAUCUUGGCCACUAUGCCUGAUGUUUUGGGCAUUUCCCAAGAUGCACUUUGCCCCGAUUCUGCUUGUGAGCAGGCACAACAUGAGACAGGGUCAGCUGAACCAUGUGAACAUCAGUUGGACCUGUUGAUUGAUGUUAUAGAAUUUAUUUCUUCAGAACAUGCAGAAGUAUCUGAAGAUCAGAGCUACAACGAGGCUGCUCAAACCCUGCUGACCAUCGGAAACCUGACUCACGUCUCUCAGUCGGAACAGAAUCAAAUAGACAUACAAGAUCAUGUAACAGGGACGGCAUCAGCUGAUGUGAAUGAAACCACCCACCUAGAAAAAGAGCUUGUUUCCGAUGCUGCUAUACAGGAGGAAAGUGCCACUCCUUCCGUGUCUACAUUUGAUCAGGAAGUCACACAGACAUCGGAGACUGUGGCCACUGUGGAACAACAAGUUAGCAAAACAGUCAGUGAUGAAAUGGCAGUUAAAACCAGUGAUGAGCCACAUCCAGAGAGUUCAAACAAAAAUACUCUACAAACCAAAAGAGGUCACUUUUCCAAAAUAAAACCUAAACCUAACCUUGGCCGAGUCUCCAGGACUGUACAAUCCAAAUCCCAACCAGAUAUAUCUGCAGCAAGGACAGCUGAAGAAAGCCACACAGAGUCUGCUAACAUUAAAGAUUGUUCUCCAGCAUUGCUAAAAGCUGACAUUUCCUCUACUGAAGUUAAACUAACAGCAAAUCCAUCUGAGAGUCAACCAGAUAUUGUUGGGGUUGAAUCAGUUGCAGAAAUCCAGUUCCAGAGCCACAGCUUUUCUGAAUCUACAUUUGAACCACAUAGGGAUCAGGCCACGAGAGAGACAAAGUCAUUAUCUGAGCCCACAGAUGAAAAACUUACUUCCCAUGUUGAACCUUUUGAGACUGGUUUUAAGGAUCCGCCAAACUCUGACUCACUCAUCACAGAGGUUGAAGAGGAGUUAUGUUCAAUUGUGUCCCCAGCCAAGGAGAGCAGUGAUAAACCUAUGGGUGAAACACACGCAGGAGAAUUAUCUGUCACUGAAAAAGGAGAAAGUGAAGUCUCAAAUACUUGCCAAUCUAGAAGGAGUCGAUUGCAAAAAGUCAAACCUAAACCAAACCUGUCACAGACCUCAAGGACUGUAAGGUCUAAACCUCAAAUCACAAUACAGGUUGAAGAGAGAGGCUCAAUUUCAGACUCUACAUUCCACAGAAAAGCAGAACCGUCAUGCACCACGUCUGAAGAGCAGGUUCAAAGCCCAGACCUUGAUUCAGUAAAACCGUUAUUGAACUUAGGCUCUGCUCCUACACCCCCAGAUGAACUGUCCACGAAUAAGGAGAAAAAGCCAGAUGCUGAAUCACAACAGAGUACCCAGGAAAACCAGAACUCUGAAUCCCAGUUUGAACAUGGCAAGCAACCUAGCAGUGACACGGGGUCAACUUCUGAGUUCACUCUUGAAAAAAUGACAUCCCAUGUUGAAACUACUAAGAGUAGUUGUGAUAAGGUGGUGACAACUCACUCGGCAGUUACAGUGUCGCAAGUUGGACAAGAGGCUAAUGUAGAUUCAGCCCCAGUCCAAGAAGGUAGUGACCAGCCUCCUGUGUUUACCACAUCUGCGGAAGAGCUACCAGUAAUUCAAAAAGAGGGUGAAGUUCAGAGUGAAGCAUCUACAUUUCAGUUGAGAAAGACUCGAUUACCAAAAUUCAAACCCAAGCCAAAUCUGCUACAGACAUCAAGAACUGCAAGAUCUAAACCCCAAACCACAAAGCAGCCUGAAGAGAGAGACCCCAUCCCAACGCAAGACCCCAAAUCUCGCAAACAGUCAAGAUGCUUAACCACAGAGGAUGAACAACCACGAUCAUCAUGCUCCGCUUCUCCUGAAAAACAUGUAGAAAGUGUAGAUGCUCUUUUACCAACAACCACAGAUGGUAGACCGGACUUAGGUGCAGUAAUAACGGAUUGCGGUCCCUCACAAUACCAGAACUUGGAAUCUGAGUUUGAUCUCAAAGGGAAUCAAGUCACUAAUGACACAAAGCCGUCAUCUGAGCCCACAGAGGAAAAAGUUCAGUCCUGUGUUGAAACAGCCAAGAGUGUUUUCAAUAAUUCAGCAACAUCAGACUUGGCGAUCUCAAAAGUUGAACAUGAGCCAUGCACAGAAUCAGAACCAGGUCAAGAGAGCGCCGAGAAACCUCCUUCAUGUGUUUCACAUCCAGAAGAUUUACCUGUCAGGCAAAAAGAAGUGAACAAAGACACAACUACUUCACCAUCUAGAAGGAGUCGAACGCAAAAGGUCAAACCUAAACCAAAUUUAGCACAGUCCUUGAGAAUUUCAAGGUGUAAACCUCAAACUGUAAAACCGGCUUUAGAGAAGGACUUAAGCCCAACUUCAAACAUGAGAUCACCUGAAAAAACAACAGCAAAGGUGGAACCACAACCAGCAUGCACCCUGUCCUCUGAAAAACUGAGUGAAAACACUGACCCUGCUUCAGUUUUAAAACCAUCAAUAAAUAUAGUUUCUACAUCUACACUCUCGGAGGAGCUAUCAACAAAUGAGGAGUCUACUUUAACAAAUGUUAGACUAGACUUGGGUGCAGCAACUUCAGAUCAGAGUUCCUCAGAAAACGUGAACCUCUCUGCAUCACAAUUUGAACCCAGCAGGGAUCAGGUCAGCGGUGAGACAAAGUCAGCAUCUGAUCCAGAAAAAAAUAUGCCUUGUAUUACCACAUCUGUGAGUAGUUGUAAAAAUGUGGUGGCACCUGACUCAGCAGUCACAGUCUCACAGGCUGGGGAAGCAGGUGAUGCAGAAUCAGCCUCACUCCAAGAGGGCAGCGUCCACCAGGCUGUUCUUGUUGCACCUCUUCAAGAGUCACCGCUUAAUCAAGAAAAGAGUGAAGCUGAAUCUGCUUCUCAGUUGAGGAGUCGUCGAUUGCAAAAAAUCAAACCCAAACCAAACCUGCCACAAACACCAAGAACUAUGCAGUCAAACUCGCAAUCCACAAAAGACCCUGUUAUACACAAGCAGGUUGUGGAAAAAUCCUGUAGCCAGACUUGUGUGUCUGAAUCAAGUGACUACAGAAUGAAAGAUGCAGAAGCCCAGCCAUCUUGCAGUCCCACCUCUCCAGAAAAAUCAAAUGAAUUUAAAAGUCCUGAUGCUUAUUCAGUUUCUGAACCAUCACUGGAAUCUGGCUCUUCUAAAAAAUGCCGAGAGAAAAUAUCUUCAACAGAGAAGGAAAAGACAGAUGCUGUAUGUGGACCAAUGUCAAGCUCAGUGAGCUUGGAACAAAAUAUCCCACAAAGAUUGCGGCGGUUUCCCAAGGUCAAACCGAAACCUAAUUUGGGAUCAUCCUCUAGAAUUACACAGACAAAACUACAGCCAGCUGAUAUCAGUAAAUCUGCAGAACAUGUUGAUACAAUCUCAAAUAUAGCACCAGCACAAGACCCUGGGGACAAUAAUGAUGCACAGAAAUCUGUGAAAUUGCCAGAGAAAAACCUAACAUCAGGUCUUUGUUCAAUAAAUGUAGAAGUCUGUUCAGUAACAUCUCAACCUGUAGACUCAGAGAAAGACCUGGGCACCUUAGACAGUAAGGAUCCCCAUCCAAAUGAUCCCAGCUCUCCUCUUGGAUGUUUGGCACAAGUUAAUGAACAACAAAGUGAACAUGACCACCCUUUAAGUAAUUCUGAAGUCCCUCUGGUUCCUGUGAACCAAGUGUCUUCUACCCAGAAUACAUCAACAUUAAGUACAAACGACAUCCAAAGUUUUCCAAUAUUUCAAGAGAUGCUGCCAGAGAAGGUGCCUUCAGAUCCUGACGAACCAUUUUUCAUCCUCUCUCUGACUGAGAUCCCGCUGUCCUCAUCAGGGGAGGUGGUGAACAGUGCAACUGAGAGCCCCUCUUGUCUUUCUGUAACAGAGUCAUCAAUACCUCAACCAAGUGGUGUUUCUGGAGAGAGCGUGGCAGCGGCAGGAGAGGGGUCUCUGUCUAAUGUCCCCAUGCCCAUGUUCAAAGAGAUAAAGAGUGUGACAGGCCUCAUCAGUGUGGAAGAGACUGUGCUGGACCCAUCUACACUGAUCGAUCAUAACAUCCAGAAAACAGUGGAUCCACAGGAACAUACUACAGACAAUCCACCAAAGUUUCCAGAUGCAGUGGACAAUAAUGAGCCUGAAGCAGCACUUAACAAGCAGAGACAAACAAGUAUCGGAAGAAGAGCCAAACUGCAGGUUAAACCCAAUGCAGCGAGGAGAAAACAAACCAGCAAGACCAAGUCAGUGAAAGCAGCGGAGUCAGCGCCUACCCAAACAAACACCACCCAGGAGCCAAAAGCCAGUGAUGCUGUCACGGAAGCACAAAGGGGAAGUUGCAGCCAUGAUGAGGAGAUUGUGACAGAUGGAAAAGGCACUAACAGCAGCUUAGAAGCUCAAACUUCACAGAGGUGUCUGAGAAAACCCAAAGGCUCUCUUUCCUCGCUUUCUGUAACAAAGAAAACCAGCCCUCCACAAAAUCUUCCACCUAGCAAACCAGUUUCCAAGCGAUCUAAGCUUAAAACGCCAUUGACUGAAGGACAACAAUCUUUGCCAGAGCCUGUAGCCUCCACAUCACAUGAUGUCCCUUCCACACAAAGUUUGACACAGCCACUAAAGGAAACCCGUCCAGCAUCGAUUACACUGCUAACACAAACAGCAGUGAACAUCAGAGAGACCUGUGAUCAAAAUCCCAGGAGCCCAGAUCCUAGCACUUCACAGUGCACAGAGCAGGAUGACUGUGUGGACAGCUGUGCUCUUGAAGAGGAGCCCACCAGUGUGUCUCAGUACUUCUUAACCAACAUUUUCACAGAAGUGGAUGAGGGGUAAAAGCCACCUAAGAAGUUGGAUUAAGAAGUGGAAUUUGUUGGCUUUUCAAAUUUUUAUUUCUGUAAAUAAUAAUUUAUAACUGAAAGUUUGUUGUUUUGUUUUUUGUUUUUUUUUUGCUUUUAGUUUUAAUUCUUUAUUCACCAUACUGAUAAAUACAGUUUCACAUUUGCAAACAUUUACUAGAGUAUCAGUUUGUUGAAAUAACAUUUUAAACCUCCGUUAGUUUAAAUAUUAAAGCACUGUACAAAUGGAUAACAAAACAUUUGUGACUCAUAGUUUGACUGAAGUGGUGGCAGCUUUUGCUGAAUUUUUCAUAAAAAAUACUUCAAACCUCAGAUGUCUUACCUAUUUUUUUCUUCUUUUUGAUGCAGCUGUGAAUUUGUAAAUAAUGUACAUGGUAGCAACUUUUUUAAAAAUAUUUUUUUGUCCAUUCUUGAUUAAUUUUCAGAUAACUUUGACCUCAGGAAGAAAAACACAGUUCGGUAGAUUAAGACCAUGUACAGUUGUACAUUUCAGUGUAUAGCCUUUUUUAAUGUCUCUUCUGUGUACUUUAGAAAUGUAACAUAUGUGGAAAAUAAAGACAGAAAUUCUGUUUAAAAAAAAAAAAGGAACCCAUUCAAAACAUAAUAAUCAAACUAUCAAAGAGUUUCUGCCGUAUGUUAAUAUGUUUAUAUAUAGUGUUGAAAUAGUAGUUACUGACUGUACCACACAGUUAUGCACCGUUUGACUUCUUGUUUCAUAAAAACACAUUGUGUUUUCUACCCUAAGGGUUACAUUGGCUCACUGAAAGUGAAAGAUGUAAUUCUGUAAGAUCUGAA